AUGGGGAAGAAGGCGGAGCAGAAGAAAAAGGAGAAGAUCCUCGAGGACAAGACGUUCGGUCUCAAGAAUAAGAACCGCAGCGCGAAGGUGCAGUCCUACAUCCAGUCCGUGAGCAAGAGCGUGAACCAGGGAAACCCCAACGACCGCAAGCGCACCGACGACCUCGAGGCGAAGCGCAAGGCCCGCGAGGAGAAGAAGGCCUUCGAGGCGGAGAUGGCGAAGCUCUUCAAGGACGUCGACACCUCCGGCCGCGGCGCCGCACGUCAUGAGAACGACGGCGACGGCAGUGCCGCAAACGCGGAGGACGGAGACCGCAACCUCGGCUGCGCGCCCGACGACUACCUGUUCCGGCCGGAGGACUUCGAGGAGGUACAGUACGACGAGCGGCGGCUGGAGGAGCAGCUGGAGGCGGAGCGCGAGGCACUGAAGGAGCGCAGCGACCUGACGCCCGUCACAGAGGCGAGCUUCCAGGCGUGGAAGGCGAUGAAACGGGCGCAGGCGGUGGAGGCGGAGGCGGCGCGCGUACGCAAGGCGAAGGCCGGUGACGGCAAGCUGCGCGGCUGGGAUCUGUGGCAAAUGGACAAGGAGCUCUUCGUUGACGACGAGGACGCCGACGAGUUGUACGAGCGCGAGGAGCGUGACGAGGAGGAGGAGGAGGAGUACGAUCUCUCGUGA